AUGGAAGAAGUCUAUGAUUAUUCUCGGCAUACAUAUUGUAUUCUUAUCGAUUUGGGCUAUGACAUCAUCAUCUCUGGACUGAUAAACAUUAAUAAGCCAAAAGAGUUUUAUCAAAGAUCUGAAAAAAAGUACCGUACCUCAAUUUUAUAUGACACUACCACCAGAAAGGUCAUUGCCAGAGGCAACAUGGCUGAUGAAGCGAAUGAGAAUCCGGAAGGUCUUCAAAAAGGCGUUAUUUAUGUACGCAACACCUUAAGCGAGCUUGCUGACAUUUAUUUAAAAUCUAAGCAACAAUCUUUCGAUAAUACGGCACUGUACGCGGUCUUGUACGAGGAAGCUAUAGACCUGUUACAAAAAACACUAAAGCAUUAUAAACAAGACUUGAAUAAUGUAAAUAUGGAUUUUUGUUAUUCUUUGAAUCUUCCAACCAGUUGGGACUUUAACAUAGGAGAAGAAUUAUUCCGGCCUCUAUUCGUAAAAGCUUGUCUUCUCCAUGAAAAUGAUGGUCCGGGCAGGCUGGUGUUUUUUUCAAUGUUAGAGUUGAAGUUUCUAUACAGGCAGAUAAAUAGAGUAUCACGGAACCAUACGAACAUAAAGUAUGGUGAUCAGCGUGUUAUGUGUACAAUAGAUUAUCGAGGUGCGUACUCCGUGGAUUUGGAAUUGGUAUCAGUUCAAUAUCCUGCUUUCAGAUUAACAGGAAAAGAAUUGGUCCCACAAUUGUUGAAACAGGCUCACUUUGUAAUCCCGUUUGGACUAAAGGAACUACGAUUAUCAUUAAUGGCAUGUGUAGAAAAGCAUUGUGAGACUACGUUAUCAUCAGAAUCUAUCGACAACAUGCUUAAAAAACUCAGUCAAGUUUACAAAAGAUUUAACGACUUUAAAUAUAUAGGUGUUUUUCUAGAUGGUCAGCCAUUGCCAGACUUAAAAUCUCGCUUGACGAAUGAAUCAAUCACUGCAGGAGCAAUACAGUACCUAGGCCAUUAGACAUUGUUUACAAUAAUCGAAUCCCGUACACAUUUUUAGCU